AUGAUAACGGAUAUUUUGAUUCCAUUUUUGACCGACAACGGCAUGAACGACGAUUGGUUUCAACAAAACGGCGGCACCACAGCUCAUACAGCUCGAACCAUGAUCAAUUUAUUGCGUCUUUGGUUCCUUGGACGCUUAAUUUCAAAAUAUAGUGAUUUCGACUGGCCUCUACGAUCACCUGACUUAACGCCUUCAGACUAUUUCUUGAGGGGUUAUUUGAAGUCCAGAUUUUCGAGAAGCCACGAAUCCUAG